CAGCGCCCCCUCCUCCCCGGCCCGGGCCUGGCCGCUCUGCCCCCGCAGGGCCCGGGCGCCAGGACUGGAGCGGCCUCCCCCGCACCGCCCCCACGCGGGGCUCCGAGAAGCGCAGCGCGGGCCGGGCCGGCGUGUCCCGGGUGGUGUCGCGCCGCCCCUCGCAGCACCCAGGCCGGCAGGGGUUCCCCUUUGGCGGGGGCAGGGAGGACACGGACACGUUGAAAAGCCCCGCCUAGGAUGUGGGUGCUGCCGGCCGGCGCUGGGCUGGGAACCCAGGAGCUCGCGGCCGCGGUCUCUGCCCGCUGGCACGUCUGUUUCGCCUCGCUGCAGACCGCAUCCUGCCCGGACACGGCGGGGCUGCCUCCCAAGGGCUGGCGGCCCGUCGAGAAGAUGUGCGCCCCUGGCCCGCGCCGGCCAAGCCGCCAAGUGUUGAAGUAUGCGCUUAAUUCCCGUGGAAGAAAAUGGGGCUUAAGAGAUGUCGUUGAAUUCCAUGGUCCAGAAGGAACAGGAAAAACAGAAAUGCUUUAUUACCUGAUAGCCCGCUGUGUCCUUCCAAAAUCGGGAGGAGGCCUAGAAGUAGAAGUCAUGUUCAUUGAUACAGACUACCAUUUUGACAUGCUUCGCCUAGUUACCAUUCUUGAACACAGACUGUCCCAAAGUACAGAAGAAAUGAUCAAACAGUGCCUUGGAAGGCUUUUCCUGGUUAAUUGCAAUAGCAGCACCCAGUUGCUUCUCACUCUUUACUCUCUAGAAAACAAGUUUUGUGCUCACCCUUCUCUCUGCAUUGUGAUUUUAGAUAGUAUAUCAGCUUUUUAUUGGAUAGAUAGAAGCAAUGGAGGCGAGAGCUGUAACAUUCAGGAGAUGAAUCUGAAGAGAUGUGCUGAAUUUCUUGAGAAGCUAGUAAGGGAGCAUCAUUUGGUCCUGUUUGCAACAACACAAACGAUUAUGCAGAAAUCUUCAAACUCCACGGAAAGCUCCAUUCCUUUAAAACUUCACUGUGAAGCUGAUGUAGAGUAUAGGCCUUAUCUUUGUAAAUCAUGGCAACAAAUGGUAACCCACAGAAUAUUUUUCUCUAAGCAAUGUGAUUUUAGCAGUAGCAAAGCGUUUUCGAUUGUUUCUUGUCACACCAAAAAAAAACAUGUCAUAAAAUGUUCAUUCAGUGUUGCAGAAUGUGGAGUUCAGUUUUAACUUCAGCCUGUCUCUAAAACUGUAGUAAAUCUUGGCACAUCACAGUCUACUUAGCUUUACUUUAAGUAGUUUAAAAAAAAAUCUUUUAACCUAUUUUAUUAUCUCAGAUUGUUAAUUAAUUUUGUCACCCACAUUUAAACGUCUUAAACUCAGUAAACGGCAGAGGAGUUUAAAGCUUUGAAUUUCUGCAGAAGGUCAGCUUAAAAUAGAGGAGAAUGUUGAAACUGCUUGUAUGUGGUUGAUGCAUAAAGAGAUUAAAUGAAGAAGAUUAAAAGUUUAGGGCAUCUUUAACUCCUAAUAUACUUAUGUAAUGUAACAUAGAGAGUAUACAACCAAAUGCACUGACUUCAGCUCUGUGUCAUAACCAUCUUCCAGCGACUUAUGCUAGUGAUUGUGUUUAGGCAGAUGUUAGCUCUUUGUAAAUAUUGGUCUUAAUUCACUCCCAUUAGCAUGGGACUAUACACUGUGCAUACAUCCUGUGUCAGCAGGCACAGUUACACCCAAGGGGACGGAGGGAUUCAUCUCCUGUAGGGAAAGGUAUGUAGUGUUGGUCAGGGUGGUCCUAGCCAGCACUGCCCAUUUGUGGAAUGUCACAUGCUGGGGGAAUAGGGAUUAUGGCUGUCACUGUUCUGCCAGCAGUCCACAAGCAUCUGCAGCCCUCCCAAAGUUGAGGGACACAGGGCCAUAGUUGACUGAUCCUAGGAGGUAGCCCGAGGCCCCUGUAAGUUAGUGACAGACCUAGCAAGUAGUUAACAUUUGAAAGGAAAAGGGCUAGAAACUUAAUUUUUUUAAAUAAAAUUUCUAGCUCCCCUUCUCCCCCAAAUCUGCAAUGCCAUAUCUCUGAAUUUUAUGGGCCAAAAGGCUGUGGUUGCUCACAACCACAAGCAACGUGGUUUGUGUUACAAGUUUUAGAUCCUCAUUUAUUAUUAUCCCAGACACUGUUUGGAAAAUCAGUCUAGCCACAGAAAUGCUCACCCAAUUGUGUAAAUACCUAACUUACUUUCAAAUGUUCAUCAGUCCAUUACCCUAUGUCUCCCUUUAGGUGUAUCAGCUCUACAAAGCCAAGGGAUUGCAUGGACCAUCAUAAUGCUAAAAUGUAUUCUCAAAAAGCUCCUCUACAUUUCAUUUUCUUUUGAUCUAGGUUUUAUAUCGUGUCCUCCAGUAUUUGAGCAUUCUUUGUACCAUGCUAUCUCCUGCAGACUGUAUUUUAAUAAAUAAAGACACACAUGUGUAAAUCAUAUGAUUUGAAAAA